AUGGCAAGGGUCUUGUCUAAGCCUGAAGAUGAUCUCCCUAAAAAACAAACGCGGCUACCAGAUAGCGAAAAAGAGAUGUUGCAUGCCAUAAAAAUUGAUCACCACCUGGAAAUACUGAGACAUGAAAGUUCCUGCAGCUUGGAAGCACCAUACAAGCUGCACCGGCAUUGCAAGAGGAAAGCAUGGAUAAAUAGGUCUCUUUUGCCAAAGUGGGACAAUCAAGUCGGCUUCUACGGGAUUGUUCACACCAUACCUCCUCUUGUUCUUCAUUGUUUGCAACCAACUAGCUUUUGA